AUGGGAGGCCCAGGCUCUGGCGGUUACAAGAACAAGCCGGGGGAUACAGAGACUCAUUCGGCAUGGGAGAUCAUUCCGCAGGACCCGGAGGGCACCCAGAAACUCGCCCAGGUACGAUGCAAGUUCUGUGGCAGAGAAAUGGCCCAGCACACGUCGCGCCAGCGUGUCCACCUCCUCGGCUGCCAGAACUACCUUGAAGCGAUGAAAGAACAAGGGAUCGAAAACACCAUCACCCGUCAAGCCGCCGACCCCGCCGCGUUCUUCCGAAGCACCGACUGGUCGCACAAGUCAGCAGAGGCCAAGGCGCCCAAGGUCUUGAAGAUGCAGGAACACUCUACUGCUGUUCGGAUCCAAGCUCUCGCGCUGGCCGAGGCCAAUAUUUCGUCCGAGAGGAUCCAAGAGGUCACCGGCAUGGACCCGAAGACCCUGGCCGGACUCCGGAAACUGGCGCGUGAGCGUGGAUAUGAUCCCAUGGUCUCAAUGCAGCUUAAAGAGGAAUAUGUGCUCGACCCGCCAAAUACCAGCCGGCCACGAGGCCGACCGAAGAAGAGAAAGCCCGAAGAUGAACUCGAUCCGGCCCUGGCCAGUCUUUCCGACAGCACCCCUCGACCCGUCGGUGAAUUCACCCCACGACGAGAUAAUCUGCCGCCGGGCCAUUGGGACUUUAUGGCUGCCACAUCGACCGGCUAUACGAUGACCUAG